GACGCGGAAGUUUGCUGCUGAGUAUGACAGAGAGGUAGCACGGCGUAAAGAGGCCAGUGCCUUGGCUCUGCUGUCCGGUAAGACAUGGCGGCAGUGGACACCGGGAGUAGCAGCAGGGCUCCGGCCUGCCUGUGCGUCCUCUGCGGGCUGCCUGCGGCCGGGAAGUCCACCCUGGCCCGGAGGGUCCUGGAGGCCUCCGCGGAGUACGGCUGGAGAGCAACGGUAGUGCCCUACGACGACCUGAUCCCCGGGGCUGCUUUUCGGACCACAGAGGGGGAACAUGGUUUAGAACAGCACACGCAUACAGAAUGGAGGUCUCACAGACGAGCAGUGCUGCAGUGCCUGGACCAGAUCCUGCAGAGACCUGAAGGGUUUGCAGAGUUUCCCGGCAGCCCUUUCAUCAGCAAAGACACAUGGGAACGGUGCCUGCAAACCCUGCUGAAUCCAGAAGGUUCGAUGCCCGACGGGACCCCGCUGCUCUUUCUGCUAGAUGACAACUUCUACUAUCCCAGCAUGAGAUAUGAGGUUUUUCAGCUCGCCAGAAAGCAUUCGCUGGGUUUCUGCCAGGUGUCUCUGCAGUGCGAUUUGGAGUCGUGCAUUAGCAGAAACCAAAAAAGGGCUCGGCCCGUUCCCGAUGAGGUGAUAACGGACAUGACGAAACGUCUGGAACCUCCAAACCCGCAGAAGAACACGUGGGAGAUGCAAAGCAUCACACUCAACACCCAGGACGGCGUUUCCAAAUGUGACCUCCAGAGAGUGAUGGAGUUGAUCUCUUUGGCUCUCGGCAACCCGCUAAACCCAUUGGAAGAUGACACUGAACAAAAGGUGAUGCUCAAACACGCGAUAAUGGACUUGGAAAGGUCCCGCUGCAAGUUGUGGAUCACCCCUGGUGCUUUUGUCUUGUUGCAGGAAGCUGAUCGUAUAAAGUGUGCUACCAGUGUGGUCCAUCAGGCUGACCAGGCCUGUCGACGCCUGAUAACUGAAGCCAUGAAGUCAGCCAGAGAAAAUCAAGUCCCCUCUGAGCAGAUGAGGUCUUUGGCUGCUGAGCUGAAUGAGUCCAAAGUGACGUUUCUCAACAACCUGCGGAGACAGGUCCUUCAGGAGGCGCCUUUCCUUUCAGAGGAGGACAUCGAUGUGGAGCAUGUGGUGAAAAGAGCCGUUUGGGUUUUUGAUGACGGCAAGAACGAAAUCCUAACACGAUUUAUAAAGAGGACUUAACAAUUUGAAUCACUUUAAAUGUUUUUUAAAUCAGUAAUAUAUUGCACUAUUUGUGUUUUUUACCAAUGAAAACAUUUUGUUGGAAAAAUCAUUUUUAUCAAAAUUCAUCUAAAACAUCUUCAUGUGUUUUGCUGAUAUGAAACAAUGUGAAGGAAAACCGUUCAUCCAAAUGCUCCGUUUACAAUCACAUGACCAAGUCCAGACAGAUUAAGUUCAAAUGAAAAAAGAAAAGCUGCUGGCAUUAGUUCCCUUCACAUGCAACA